UGCAAGAGAGUCUGCGAGCAAAAAGAAAAAAAAACGCAUUUUCGUUCGCUUUUCCCCGGUCGCGUUCCAGAUUUCGUGAGCGGUCCUCCGGUGAAUGUGAGGCCAUCGCGCGCGUGUGUCCACCCAUCUCGAGUCUAGUCCCCUGCCGGAGGUGGCCACUGCCACAGAGAAGCAGGCCAAUAAGCGCCCCGAGGUGAAAGAAAGAGGCAGCGGAGGAGGACGAAAAAUUUGCUCUCCACACACACGGCCAUCUUGAAAGUUGUUCCCCUCUUCGUCGUCGUCGCCUACUCUGCUGUCGCGCAAGUUUGACGGUCGGAACGGAACGACGGAUUUGCGGGUUGAAGCGACGGAGUAGCAAGAGAGAAGGCGGAGUUGCGCCAGCCUGGGGGUUUUGUUGGUGGAGAAGAACGCGGGAUUGAGCCAAGAAGGCGCUUGAACGGGAUUGCACGACCCGUGUGUCCGCGGGAGUGACCCGGUUUGUUCCCGUUUUUCUCGUUCUCUUUGUUGAGCAGCAGCAGCUGCAGCUUUGUUGGAACUGCUGGAAUUAGAGAGAGAGAAAGAGCAGUGAAAUCUACCCUGCCAAGGAUUGCCUUGAAAGAACCGGAGAAGCAGGUGCCUUGAACCGCCGCUGAACAGCGCGAGUCAACCCGGAGCAGUUCCUGGCAGGUUUCCACCCCCCUGUGUAUGUCCAGAUUAUGCCGGAGCUCCGCGACCCAAUGUCUACAUAGCCAUGGCUGCGACGCGAAAGUUGCAAGGUGAAAUCGAUCGGUGUCUGAAGAAGGUCACUGAGGGUGUGGAAACGUUCGAGGACAUUUGGCAAAAGGUGCACAAUGCCACGAACAGUAACCAAAAGGUACGUAUACAAAAGGAAAAGUAUGAAGCCGAUCUCAAGAAGGAAAUCAAAAAGCUGCAGCGGCUACGCGACCAGAUCAAGUCAUGGAUCGCGUCCGGCGAGAUCAAGGACAAGAGCGCGCUGCUGGAGAAUCGACGCCUCAUAGAGACCCAAAUGGAACGCUUCAAGGUAGUCGAGCGGGAGACGAAAACGAAAGCGUACUCCAAGGAGGGUUUGGGGGCGGCCCAGAAGAUGGACCCGGCGCAGCGGGAGAAGGAAGAGAUUAGCGCGUGGUUGGCGACCUCGAUCAGCUCGCUGCAGAUCCAGAUCGACCAGUUUGAGUGUGAGAUCGAGUCGCUGAUAGCGGGCAAGAAGAAGAAGCUGGAUAAGGACAAGCAGGAGAAGAUGGACGAGCUGAAGGGGAAGCUGGAGAGGCACAAGUUCCACGUGACGAAGCUGGAGACGUUGCUGCGGAUGCUGGACAACGAGAGCGUCGACGUGGACCAGAUCAAGAAGAUCAAGGAGGACGUCGAGUACUACAUCGAUUCGUCGCAGGAGCCCGACUUUGAGGAGAACGAGUACAUCUACGACGAUAUCAUCGGGCUGGAUGAGGUUGAGAUUUCCGGUAUUGGAGCGUCCGCCGGUACGGAAAGCAACAAUAGCAACGAAACGGCAGGAUCUCCGAGCAGCUUAAUCUCCGGCAACAGUCCGCCCCCGUCGCCCGUCAUGAACUGCAGUGCGGCGUCGACGGCGAUGCACAACCACAGCGGCGGGGACCUGUCCGCCGGUUUGGUGAGUAGUAUAGGCGGCGUUGCGCUACUCGACGCCGACAAGCGGCCCAAGGAUGUCAAGAUUACGCCAAUAAAACCGACUGCGAUCCGGGCAACGAGUGGCAGCAAGAUGGACCUCAGCUUAACGACGGCAGCGAUCGUCGGCGGCACGGCGGUGAGUCUCGGUGCGGGCACCAACAAUGCCAAUGCCAGCAGCAACAACAAUACGUCCAUCGGUGGCAAGCCGGGCCUGAUCAGCUCGACGCCCAGCAAGCUCCACACGAACGCGGCUGCGAUCGUGGCAGGAGCGGGCGUGAUCGUACCCAACAGUAGCGGUAUCGUGGCACCCCAGCAGCCGCCCGGUGUCAUCGUCCAGCCCCUUAUCGGUCCGGCGUUCGCGGCCGUCGCGAAGCAGCAUCCUAAAAACGGUUCCCUGCACCAGUCCAGCGUGUCCGGCUCGUCGACGACGUCCUCGACGGCGUCCAGUGCUAGCCAGCCGCCGUCGGGUGCCGCCGCCGUGGCACCGAACGCGUCCGGCGCCACCGUCAGCAACCUCAGUCAGAUUGUGAACGCAUCUCAACCUACGCUUAGCCAGCAGUUGCAGCAGCAGCAAGCGCAACAGCAGCAGACCUCUCUCGCGUCCAGUUUGUUGACGAACGCGGCCGCCGUGGUAGCCGGUUCGACACCAACGUCGCAGCAGCAAGUCGCGAGCGGCCCCAAUUCCAUACCUCUGCCACACGGAGGCGCUCUCUCGUCAGCGUCGGCCGGAAUCGAAAACAACCACGUCAUGACGAGCUCGGCCGCGUCCUCCACGAUCAACAACUGCGUUUCGCCCAGCAACUCGGCGGUCAGCAGCAGUAGAGCGUCGCCAAGCUUAAUGUCCCCGCCACAACAGCAGCAGCAGCUGCUGAACGGUCCAGCAAUACUCGGUAAGAAUGCCGUACCCCAUCUGCAUAUCGCAGACACUCACCCGAUGUCUACAUUGAAAACCAUAGCCCAGGAAGUGAUAAACCGAACCGGUGGUGGUUUGGAAGCUGGUCAAUCGCCAGCGACCGGCGCACUGCUCCAGCAACAGCCCUCGCAAGCCGGCGGCCAGCAGCAGCAACCUCCGACGGCACAGCAACAGCCACAGCCCCAACCAGAUACGAGACAACCGGGCGCUGGUCAACAGCAACAGCAGCAGCAGCAACCUCCGCCGUUCUCCCUCGUGGACCCUGCGACGGCGGCGGCCGCAGCCGCCAACAGUGCAAACUCUCUGAUACCAACGUCGUCAUCUACUGCCAUCAGCAACGGGCCGAACGCGAUCAAUAUCAACACCAGCACUAGUAUUGUGGCGAACCCGGCGGCCAACAACAACCCGAACGUGCUGUCGAGCGCCGGCGUCGUCCCCGGCAUGAAGACGGCCGGCACGAACGAAGCGCACAUACCGCCCCUGCUGGGCGUGGCACCGCUCGGGCCGUCGCCACUGCAGAAGGAACACCAGAUACAAUUCCAAAUGAUGGAAGCCGCGUAUUACCACUUGCCAACGCCAAGUGACUCGGAACGGUUACGGACGUACCUGCAGCGGCAGCCCGUACCGACGCCACAGCAUUAUCCACAGCAACAACUUCCACAUUCUGACACGGUAGAGUUUUUCCAACGCCUCUCGCCGGAGACGCUGUUCUUUGUGUUUUACUACAUGGAGGGCACCAAGGCGCAAUACCUGGCGGCGAAGGCUCUCAAGAAGCAGAGCUGGCGAUUUCACACCAAGUACAUGAUGUGGUUCCAGCGCCACGAAGAGCCGAAAAUCAUCAACGAAGAGUUCGAGCAGGGAACCUACAUCUACUUUGACUAUGAAAAGUGGGGCCAGCGAAAGAAGGAAGGAUUCACUUUUGAAUACAAGUACUUAGAAGACAGGGACCUGAAUUGAUCUACGAUGAUUAUGGAAGUUCUUUUUUAAAAAAAUAUUAUUAAAAAAAAAUGGAAAAAACUGUUCAAUAAAAAUCGGAAAAUAUACUGAAAGCAUAUUUGAAACCAACAACAACAAUGCGAUCAAAUUGAAGUCCAAGAAAGAGAGAGAGGAGGAGAAUCGAAAUCGUACUACUGAAACAGGCCAGUGUUCCGUCACCAAUCCCACACACACACACAAACAACCGGGCCGUCAAGCAACCAAACGUUGAUCACGUUCAGAGAAGACCCCUUCGUCGUUCCUUCCCCCUGUUGAGAGCAAGCAACAGAAUCGUGCUGAUGUUGACAAAAAAUGGAAAUGUUUGUUUUCUGUAUCAGAGAGAAAUAGAAAGUGAGAGUGGAAAGUCUUGGUUAAAAUCACACCAUCACACAAACACACACACACAUACAGAGAGAGAAAACAAAAAUCACCCACGUUUAACCACUUUCAACCUGCCAGUUGAUUGGUGUAAUCUCGAAUUCAGAUCCGCGUCAUCGUGACCUGCCGCCCUGCGUUCUGGCUCAUGUAAAAUUGUCAAGUUUUUUUUUCUUCUUUCUUUCGUCCGUUUCGUCUGUGUUAUUCCCUAUUGUUCUGUUCGUACGCGUACUGCCACCAUCAUCAUCGCCAGGAAACGGGUCGCAAAUUGUUUCGGUUUGGCUGUCUCUGUUGUCACGAGAUUUGCAGUGUUGAAAAAAAAAACAGCGGGACUUGUUUUGGAAUAUCAUGUUUGCCAGGUUAAAUGUUAUUAUCGGAAUCUUCUUUUAAACACGACAGAAAUGCAGUUAGAGAAAAAUAAAAACGCUUAAAUGAGGCAUGUGUAAAAUAUUCUAGCCAUAGACAGAACCAGAAGCAAACUUGUAUGAUAAACAUCACUAAAGCAGAGCAAAAGUUAAGAAAUUCCCUUCAAUUUGCAGUUUGUAAAGCUGAGAACAUCUUUUAGCGUGUAAAGUGUGUCAUCUAGUUAUGUGCUUAGAGACAAGCAUGGUUUUUUGCGGGAGUUGUGUCGGACAAAUAAAAGAAGAAAAACGAAUUAAAAAAUCCACAAAAAGUAAGCUAUUUUCUUCAUCCAAGUCGAGAGUCAUCUUCAUACAACGUAGAGAAAAGCACUAGAAAGAGGCAUUCACACACACAAACACACAUCUACCACCUAGAACCACCUGUAGAGAGGAAAAACGCUGAAAACCCCUGUUCAAACGUUAUUACAACAACCGUGUUUUUGCGAACAAUAUAAAAGUAGAGAAAAAUCAAACAAGUGAAGUAGAGCUGUUCUUUUUACUCCAGGAAAGAAAUUGCUCCUUCCGCGCAAGCCCAGAACAACCCGCGACGCGUCAUCGGACUAGAGGAAGAGAGAACAAUCGCAGUAGGCCAAGAAGUAGCUGUGCCCGUCGUCGUCGUACGUCAGAUAAAGAAAAACAAUAGUCUAAAGAAAAGUGAAAACAAAACGAAGAAACGAGAGAAAACCCAGAAAACAUGAAACAAAUAAGAAAUGAGAAAAAUGAAACUGCAUUAAAAUGUGAUUUAUAAAUAUAGAUAAAAUAAAAACAAAAUACACUUAUAUAUUGAAAAACAAACAAACAAAAAAAAAACUCACAAGUAUUUGUUAAUAUUUUUCUUGGAAACUAACUUAACAAAAGCGUAAUUUAAAGAAAAGAAAAGAAAAAAAUGCAAAAACAAAAAAAAACUGAAUUCAACCACGGUGCGAGCAGCAGUGAAAACUCAUGUAGUCAAUAGUGUGGAGACUAAGCGCGGCAGCAGCAGCAGCAGCCAGCAAAACGACGAGAGUGUAUGCGGUGAAGUUUUAAUAAAAAUCGAAUCAUUAUCACACCAAA